AUGAAAAAAAAAAAAAAGUCUAAUGUUCAAAACUUGGAAAAAACUUUAAGAAAGCGGGGUGGUAAAAUUAAGACAAUUUAUGAAAAAUGUGAUGAUAACGAACUUAAAGAUAUUAUAGAUAAUAAAAUAGAAUAUAUAUGGAAUUAUAUUCUUAAAAUUGAUAACAAAAUAAGUGAUGAUAAAAUAUUAGAAGAAGAAAUGAAACAUAAAAUAAAAAAAAAAAUAAGUUUUAAAAAAAUAGAUAAUUAUGAUGAAAUUAUAUAUUAUAAUAAAAAUUUGGAAAACCUAAUAAACAUUCAGAAAAUUCAAAAAACUUUACACCAUUUUAAUAUUAACAUAAAUAUUGAAGAUAUUAUAAAUAUGAUUUUAUAUUUUACUAAUAAUAAAUAUUUUAAAGAAAAUUUAGAAAAAAAUAUAUAUUUUGAGGAUUAUAUUGAUAAAAAAAAAAUGGAAAACAAAUUAUUGUCAAUUGAUAUUAAUAAUUUAUAUAUAAACUAUGAUAUGUUUAAGCAUAUAUUUUUAAAUAUCGAUCUUAAUAUAGCAAAUAAUGGAAACAUUUGGUGA